AUGGUAACCUCGGUAGUCGGAGUUGUAGAGGAGGGAAGGGUAGUUGUGCCUGUUGAGGACGAGGUCGCCUCUUCGGUAGUGGUCCAUGUACUAGAUGACGUAGUACUGGAAGUACUGGUCGAUGUAGUAGAUGUCGCAGUACUAGAAGAAGACAAUUCAUCGAGCUCAUCUCCCCCGAGACUCCCUGUCGCAGUAGAGGUCGCGGCGAAGUCGGUAGCCGGCGUUGUAGAGGAAGAUAAAGUAGUCGUCGCUGUUGUGGACGUGGUCGCUCCUUCAGUGGUAGUCGAUGUAGUAAUUGUCGUAGUACUAGAAGAGGGCAAUCCACCAAGCAAAUCUUCUCCGAGACUCUGCGUCGUAGGAGAAGUCGAGGCCGGCCAGACCCUCCUCAAGAAUCCCAUCAGCACCCGCAGCCUCGAGGGUGAAGAUAGGAAGUUCCCUAUGUGA